AUGGGGCAAAAAAGACGAGCGCUUCUGCUGGUCAGUCUCGAGGUCGCAGUUGCUGUAGGACAGCAGCAUCUACUUAGACGCUGGAGUAACUGUCCCAAGAUAGAUCGAAGGUCGCAGCACGGGCACUUACACUGGCACUCGCAAGUUGCAGCAAGUCCAAAGCAAGAUACGAUAGGGACGGGGGGGUUGGGGCCGCCGUGUCUAGAGCCCACCCGUUCGCUGGCUCCCGUCCCCUUCAGACCACUCAGCGUCAUGAUCGUCGCCGUCACUUGCUGGGGGGCAUGCUUUAUCCCGGGUCCCAUCACCUGCCUCGUACAGGACUGGGCUACCUCGAGCGAGUGA